AUGGGGUGUCUGGCAGUCCGGUGUGAAGAUUCCAAGGAGGGGUUUGUGGUCCGUGUAGCCGCUCACAUCCCUGACCUUAUCGUGUUUGGUGACCUCUCCCAGGAGAUACCAUCCAUUGAAAAUUUCGAUGGCGUCCUGCUCUUUAUCGACAUCUCAGGUUUCACAGCAUUGACGGAGACCUUCAGCUUGAGCUCAAGCUUAGACUAUGGGGCUGACCAGCUCACCCAGACGCUCAAUCAAUAUGUGGGUAACAUUGUGGAGGAGGUGCUGAUUUUUGGAGGCGACAUACUGAAAUUUGCAGGUGAUGCGUUGCUGGCCCUCUGGAGGGUGGAGCGUGUGCAUAUAGACGACAUCAUCACUCUGGCGCUGAAGUGCAGCAUGAGCAUCCAGGAAGACUACGGAGUUCACGAGACAGACGUGGGGCUGACGAUGCGAGUGAAGAUAGGACUAUCUGCAGGCCACAUCUCAAAAGUUAUUGUUGGAAACAACAAGCAUCAACAUUUUGUGGUAAUUGGCCGGGCAGUGGACGAGGUGCGACUGGCUCAGAACCUAGCAAAAGCUGGUGAAAUCAUUCUGUCACCCAAUUGUUGGGAGCUCUGUUACCGGAAAUUGAUCGUGGUAGAAAAGAUCCCAGAUGAACGAGCUGUCAAGCUUAGGUGCAUCAGGGAUGUCCCUACGUUCAAUGAAGAGGCAUUCUAUCUAAGGUGCACAGAGUACCUGGCGGCCAAUCACAUCUCUGACAGUCCUGAUAUCCUGAGAAAAGCCUCAGUACUGGCUCCAAAAGAGGAACUUGAGAAAAAUCUGAGGAAAUUUGUGACAAGGAACGUCUUGAAGAAGAUCGACGAUGAUCAGCCGCUGGAGUACUUAUCGGAGCUGCGCCCCGUGGCCAUCGUCUUUGUAAACUUGCAGUUCCAUGGCAGUGCCAACAUAUAUCACUUGACAAAGGCCAUUCAGGAUGCCAAUAACUUUAUCACAGGAACGGUACACCCUUUCAGAGGCAAGAUCAACAAGAUCUUCAUGUUUGACAAAGGCUGCACUUUCCUUUGCGUUUUCGGUCUCCCUGGAGAUAAACAGCCGAAUGAAAGCUCGCAGGCCCUUGAGUGCGCCUAUAAAAUCCACAAGUUCUGCGCCGUCUCUCUCAUGAAAAUAAAGGUCGUCUCCAUUGGGGUCACCAGUGGGCCAGUAUUCUGUGGAGUAGUUGGCCAUCAUGUGCGACAUGAAUAUACAGUCAUUGGUCGGAAAGUGAACCUGGCUGCCCGAAUGAUGAUGUGCCAUCCGGGAUUCGUGACCUGUGAUGAAGUCAUCUACUUGGAAUCCAAGUUGCCAUACUAUUUCUUUCAAGAGCUCCCAGUAACUGAGAUGAAAGGCAUUCGGAACCCUGGGACAAUCUAUAAAUAUCUUGUCACUGAGAGAACAAUGAUUGGCAAGGCAUAUCUGACCAAGCAGAGAUAUGAAGAGUAUCCUUUACUAGGUAGGAAAAGAGAAACAGAUCUCUUUGAAACCAUACUGGAAAACUUCAAAGUCUCCAAGAAAAGCCAUAUCAUCUUGUAUGAAGGCCUCUUUGGAUACGGGAAAAGCCAGUUAAUGGCUGAAAUUGCCUACAUAGGGCAAAUCAAUGGCCACAAGGUCGUGGCUAUGGAGUUAGGGAAGAUAAAUGGGUCGCAGAGCUUCUUCACCAUCCGGACGCUCAUGGCUAUAUUCCUGGGGAUCGACACCUGUAAAACCUACGAUGCCAGACAGCGCAUUCUUCUGAACAAACUCCGAGGGGUAGUAGAAGACGCCUAUUUUUGCCUUCUCAACAAGCUCUUUCACGUUAAGUUCCCUGCUUCCGAAGAAGUUUCUGAAAUGGACACUGAACAGAGGAAUGCCAGGAUGGAAGCGGUUCUUGUAAAGAUUCUUGAGAAGGCCUCUGAGAAAGACAUUCUUAUUUUUGUCAUCGAUGAAGGUCAGUUCAUCGAUCCUGCCUCCUGGGACUUCCUGGAUAACUUGCUGAGGGCCAUCCCCAUCUUUGUCGUCAUGUCUUUGUCUCCUUCUGAAUACAAAGGAAUAAUACUCUGCUCCGCUGCAACUCGAAUCCUGGGCAAUAUGGCAAACACUUACGUUAGAUUAAAGGAGUUAAGCCCUUCUGUGAUUGUUCAGAAAGCUUGCCAGGACCUGGGUGUGGUCAGCAUCACCAGGGAACUUGAGACGUUCCUAAUACAAAGAAGCCACGGAAACCCUUUUUACUGUGAAGAGCUCCUCCGAAGUCUCCACUCAAACAACAUCCUCCAGUUCUACAUCCUGGAUGAAGAAGAGGACAGCGAGGAUGAGUGGGACAGCCUUUUCAGGGUUGCUCUGUCUAAGAUAGACAACAUGAACCCUUCAGAGCAGAUGGUGGUGAAAUGUGCCGCUGUCAUUGGAGUGACUUUCAGCACACACCUGCUGCUCCACAUCCUCCCCCAGUGGACGAAGCUGAAGAUGAACCAGACGCUGGCAGCCCUGGCAGAAACCCGUAUCUUUGAGUGUUUUACUGAAGGAAAAACGCGCCACAGUCGUCAUUCUUCAGGGGGGACUUGGCAAUUCCACAGAGCAAACACAAGGCCAAACAAACCCGCUUGUCUUUCAGUUCUCGGGUCGGUCAUUGCCAACAGCCUCAAGCAAGAGGAGGCAGUCAUGCAGUGCAAGUUCAUGGGAUUCUGCACCCCGCUGCUGCGGGAAGCGGCCUACGAGCUCUGGCUCAAGAGCCAGAAGAGCAAGUUGCACCUCAAGUGCGCCAGUUACCUGGAGAGCGACGCUCAUCGAUGCAAGUGCUGCGGGAAAGGGGAUUUCGUGGCCUUCCACCACUAUGCAGUGGACGCCAUGAUGUGGAAAAUAGGAGAGGUUAGAAACGAGCCAGAAAGGGAUGUGCUGAGUGAGGCUGCCUCGGCCAUCGUUUCCCGAACGCUGCUGUGUCUGGAUACGUCACGACAAGAAGCACAGUCAUCCUUUGACUUUCUCUACAAACGAUAUACAUCUAUCAGUUUGGUUGAGAUGGAAUCAAGUAAUGGUAGGGCGACAGAAGAAGAAAGGACAUUUCUCUACAGGCUGGAUGAAAUCAUCUGGUUUCUUGAGUACGGUGUGAGGAAGGUCAAGACCAGGGGCUCCUGCAGUUGUGAAGAGACCGUGGACUCUGUCGUCGUGCCCUUGUCGCAUCACUGCAUGGCUCUGGGGGACAACGUCCGCGCCUUUUAUUACUUGCUGGAAUGUGCAGCUGCUUACGUACACAUCUCCAACAACUACAUGGCCUUUACGUAUCUGAAUACAGCCGAGAGCCUGUUAAAAUCCUUGGACUCCAAGCAGAGAAUCAUUAUCCCCUUUGAGAAGUCCGUUUUGUGCAGUCUCAAGGCUGAGGUCUCUUACAAUAUGGGUCAGCUUAAUUUGGCAAAGAAACUGGUGAGGAAGGCUUUGCAGUUUUUGAACAGAAGCUUUCCAAUGACCAUUGUUGGAGCCUUUUUCAUGUCCAUGGUGGAAACGUCCAAACAUAGGGCGCAUCAGAAGAAGCAGACUUCUUGGGAAACACCCAUCGGCAGAGAGAAAAGACUGGCUAUUCUGUAUCAGCAGUGCCACUGCCUUUCUCUGCUGUGGCAGAUCUUUAGCCUGGACCCUUCCACAAACAGUAAGAAGCUGGCCCACUUGGCGGCUCUCAUGAUGGUGAACUGCGCAGAGGAGUCCCACGACGAGUGCCAGAUAAUCUCCUCUUACAUGGAGUUCUCACUCUGCUGCCAGCUGAUAGGCCGUGAACAGGAAUGGAUAAAAUAUGAGUCAAUGGUCAUCGACCGUAGUUCACACCUUGGAAUUGUUGGUGGAGAACUAGUUACAAUAGCCAAGGUGGUGGUAUCUUUAACCUACAUGAAGCUGUGCUUGGGAAACCUGACUUUAGCGGUUAUGCUUUUCUUUGCAGGCUAUCGAGGGCAUCAGAUAUGCGUGAUGAUGAGGAAAUUUAAACUCGACUACAGUGCUCUCUCAGACCUUUUCACUGCUCUUUUUCUCAGCAUGAGGUACAAAGAAGCUGUCCAUGUGCUGAGCUGGCUGGAGGACCUCUCCUUUCGAGACAACAACGUCAUUGGGAAAGCGUACUUCGUAUCCGCGUGCCUGGAUCUCUUGCUUCAUGCUGGUUUUUCGUAUCAUCCGUUUCAGUACUGCUUGGACUUCAUUCGUGCCAACGAAACAAACUGCGUCCUUAUGUCUCAAAGCGGCAUCAUGCUUGGCCUGUAUUCUUCCGUGGCAAUUUGGUUUGGCAGACUUAAUCUGUGGGAGGACUUCAAAGGACUAUUUGAACAGGCCAGAAGGCUGGUGAGGAGAACGAGCAGCUCACUCAGUGCUAAUUAUGGAUUCUGCAAGUUUGUGGAAUGUGAGGCUCUGCUCCUGCACAAAUAUCUUGAAGAAAGGCCCGACAAGGUCCGUGAGAUACGCAGCAAGACUUUAAAGCAUUUGGAACAGAUAUUGACACAGUGCUCUACAAGCCCAGUCUACUACCCCAGGGUUUACCACAUGAAAGCCUACGUCCAAUUGAUGCUUGGGAAUCAAGAACAGAGCGAAAUGUUUCUCGAGAUGGCAUUUGAGAGCUGUAAUGAAAAUAAAUUGGAGGAAUCUUGGCUGGGUGUUAGCAAGUUGUGGUGGUUCACUGGAGAGGCCCCCAUGGAAGACUGGUGGUUGAAGUCAGCUCCAGAUUUCCCAGAGUGGAAAGUAGGAAUGUCAGACAUAGAUCUUGGACCAUAUAAAGAAAAUAAGUACCUGCUGAAGAUGCCAGAGAUAUAUAUUGUUGAUCUAUUGCCAAAAACAAAGAGUGAUGACAACAUGACAUAG